GUAAAUUCUAUAAAUUAAAUUAACAUUUCUGAUGGGUGGUAAAUGUUAAGUUGAACCUUUGGGUAUGAGUUUCUUUGAGUGUACACUUUUAUUUGUCCUUCCCGCACUCUCGAUGUUUCUCCUAGACUUGUAAGUUUUUCCACUCUCGCUGCUGCUUCUAUCCAUAAUCGAUAUAACUUUGAUAAAUGCUAAAACAACAAACAAACAAACAAACAAACAAACAAGCAAACAACAAAAAACUCUCUGUGCUAAAUUUUUCUCUAGAAUCAAAAUUAGUCGAUAGCUUUAAUUUGUUAACCACCUAAUGGCAACUCUUAUGAAUAACACUUACGUACGUACAUCAAAUAUACACACACAAAAUACAUGCGUGUAUUCAUCAAUAAAACAAAAACAAAACAAAAAACAAGACAAAAAAGAAAGAAAAUCCACACAAGCUCAGAUCUUCUGACACACACAAAUUAAAUGAAAGAUAACAGAAAAGAAAAGAAAAGAAAAGAAAAGAAAAGAAAAGAAGAGAAACUAAUGCUGAAUAAACACCAAACUUGACAUUUGAGUGUUGUGUCUCAUCUGUGCACUAUACAUCCCAGUAAUUGAAGUAACUAAAGGGUAUAUUGAUUCUCCAGAGAAGAAAGCAAACAAUUGCUUACCCUUUAUAUAGAAAACAACAAGAGCUAGAGAAUCGUAUGGGAAUAACUUUCACUAUUUAUCAGGGUAUCAGGGUACACCAGAGAGGGUAUUUAAAACUUCAUCUACAUCUGCAGCACACAUCUCCAGCUCGCUGGCUUGCAACGGCUGACACCCUUUUUGGAGCACAGCCCCAGUUCUGCCGCAUUCAGUUGACUCCGUGCCAGCAGUACUUGCACAACGUUCAAAUCAAGAAGAUGCAACUGUUGUCAAUCAAUUUCUUCCUUUUCUUUGCGCUCAGCAAUAGAGAGUGGGCGGAGACUGCCCAGCAGAUGGCCGCUAGCAAGGAAUCGGAUGGCUUUACCACGCCCAGUCCCGCUUGGAUUGAGUACCAGCGCAUCCGUUUCAGUCAGGGUCCAGGAGAUCCGAACAUUUUAACCAGCUCACAGAUUCUAGGAAGCUCCACCCAGGCACCCGUUCCGGCUGUAGUCGUGGUCACCCCCAAGGUGGAGACCACAUCGCGGCGACACUCGUCCCAUUCGACAGAGAACCAUUUGGAGGAAGAGACUACAGAGCCGCCGGUGGACAGCGGCGAUGGAGAGAACGACAGCGACAUUGAGAUGCCCGGCAUGCACGGCUUCCUCAAGUUUCUCAAAUCCAUGCAGAACAGCUGGAUCAAGAAGUCAGCCCUCAGCAUUGAGAAGAAGAUCAAACUCCUGCAGAACCUGCGCGACAAUCUAAUGCUGAUGAUUGAGCAACAUUUCGCGGUUCUGUGGCAGCCAACGGAGCGGAAGAGACGCAGGCGUCGCGGCCUGAUGGACGAGGCAGCAAUAGAUUUUCCACCCGAGACAGCCAUCUUGAGCAUUAAUUUCCUCACCUUCGCUGUUUUUCUCAUCAAGCUGGUGAUGCAAGUGGUGAAGAUUGUUAAGAGCAAGCAUUACACAUUGUCUGGCUUCAGCUUUAAUCCUCAAGUGAUCAGAAAUCCCUAGACCUUUGGACAGGCCUAACAUUUAAAUUAAUAUAAGUACAUACAUAACUAAGACAUCAUCAGAAAAGAAAUACUUUUCCCCGCUCUACUGUUUUUUUGUCAAAAGCAUUGAAGCAGAUUAGGACACAAAAUAAAAACUAAUUUUUGUUUAGGUUUUUUUAUGUAGGUUUAUUGUAACAAUCAUCACAGACAAUAAAGUACAAUUAC